AUGGCGAUCCGCCUCUUCCUGGCCUCAUGCCUUAUCCGUUUCGCCGCUUGCUUCGAGGAUGAGGACCUCUUUGCAGAGAGCAUCAAUACCGAGUUGCUGCAGGUGAAGAUAGAGCUCUCGAAGAAUGUGCUUGACACUAGUCGGUCCACGAGGGAGGGGUCAACUGGAAAAUCUGAUGACGUGGAAGCUGACAGCACCUGCGCAGACCACUGCAAGUAUGUUGGAUCCGCGCUGUGGCAGUACGACCCCGACUGCCAGGGCUGCAAAGCAUCUCUAUUGCAGGUGAAGGAUUGCAUGGACUACUGCAAGCAUGAGCCUUCGACGGUCUGGCAAUAUGAUGCCAACUGUGCCUCCUGCACAGUGUUGGCUCAGAGCAGCCCAAGCAACAGCCAGAGCAGCGACAGAGAACGUGUCGGAUGUGCAGACUACUGCAAGUACGUUGGCACGUCAGUGCGCCAGAACGUGCCCGACUGCAAAGAUUGCUCCGCGGCUCUGGUAGAGGAGCAUGCUUCGCAGCAUCCGUGUGCAAGCUGGUGCCAGUAUGAGGGCCCGGCCGUCUGGCAGUAUGAUCCAAACUGUGGGGGGUGUUACGAGCAGCCGAUACCACUGUUGAACAGGUCAGUGAGCUGCUUCAACUACUGCCAGUAUGUUGGAUCUGCAGUUUGGCAGUACAACCCAGACUGCCGAGGCUGUGCAGCACCAUACCUCUUGCAGGCAAACCAGGGUAGCAGGUGUCAGUCCUACUGUCAGCAUGAGCCGUCGAUAGCCUGGCAGUAUGAUGCCAACUGCCAGGACUGCAAGCCAACCUCCUUUACUCAAGAAUUGGCCACUGCUGCAGCACAGGCAAGUGGCGCCUGCGCGGACUACUGCAAGCAUGUUGGAUCCGCGCUGUGGCAGUACGACCCCGACUGCCAGGGCUGCAAAGCAUCUCUAUUGCAGGUGAAGGAUUGCAUGGACUACUGCAAGCAUGAGCCUUCAACGGUCUGGCAAUAUGAUGCCAACUGCGCCUCCUGCACAGUGUUGGCUCAGAGCAGCCCAAGCAACAGCCAGAGCAGCGACAAAGAACGGGUCGGAUGUGCAGACUACUGCAAGUACGUUGGGGCUGCCGUGCAGCAGUUCAAUCCAGAUUGCAAGGAUUGCACGGCAUCCUUCGCACAGAAAUCCAACUCUUCCAUACCCUCCUGCAGCGAGUACUGCCAAAAAGAACCGUCAGGAUUAUGGCCGUACGAUGCCAAGUGCCAGGAUUGCGCGUUGGUGUCGACGGCAGAGGCUGGCAGCAAGGAAUCCGACAAAUGCGAGGAUCACUGCAAGUUUGUCGGGGCGGCGGUGUGGCAGCAUGACCCUGCCUGCCGGGGCUGCAAGACUUCCGAGCUGCUGGCUUGGGCCCCAGCCCGCAUUGAGGAGGGAGAUUGCCAAGCCCACUGCAAGUACCAGGGAGCUGCUGUGUGGAAAGACGAUGCCGCCUGCAGCGGAUGUUUCCACGCCCUGCUGCAGGAGAAGCUGCGGAACAAUGGAACCAAAAGCGAGUGCACCACCAUUACCGGCGGAACUUGCAUGUUCCACAACUGCGACUAUACUCGAGGCCCCACAGAAUGCAACUGGGCACGGCUUUGCGUUUGUCCGCAAAACUUUUGUUCGCAGAAUGGUGUCUGCGUCUUCAACCUGAAUAGUGUGAUGGGGUGA